AUGGUCGGCGCUCCCGCUGUUACGAAAUCGACGGGCACGGAGCACUAUAAUACUCUUCAGAACAAUGUCGCGUCAUCUUGGCUCCGCGAUCCGGGUCUCCUCCGUCUCAAUCUCGGUAUCGGGUUCCUUUUUGCCUCCGCGGCAAGUAAUGGCUACGACGGGUCCCUGAUGAACGGACUCCUCGUCAUGGACACCUUCAACCGCAAUCUCGGCCCCAACAUCAGUAGUAGUCUACUCGGACUCGUUAUUGCGGGGAUAAGUUUGGGUGGAUUACCGAGUUUUAUCCCGGCGAGUUAUGUGACGGAUCGAGUGGGGAGAAAGAAGGCGCUUGGGAUUGGGUCGUCGUUGAUGGUGGUGGGAGCGGUUGUGCAGGCGUUUACGAAGGGUGCGUAUGCGAUGUUGGCGACACGUAUCGUCAUCGGUAUCGGACUUGGGUUUUCUCAGACGAGUGCACCAACCCUCGCGACAGAACUCGCACAUCCGAAACAUCGUGGUGCGAUCUCGGCACUUUUUCAGGCAACGUGGUAUUGGGGUGCGAUUGUGGCUGCGUCGUGUUGUAUGGGGACAUUGUUUUUGGAUUCGAGUUGGGGGUGGCGGCUACCGUGUUUGUUGCAGGCGGUGUUUCCGGGGUUACAGCUCGUUGGACUCGCGCUCGUGCCGGAGUCGCCGAGGUGGUUGGUUUCGGUUGGAAGGGAGGAGGAGGCGAGGAUGAUAUUGACAAGGUAUCAUGCGAAUGGGAGUAUUGAUGACGAAUUGGUGCGGUAUGAGUAUGAGGAGAUUAAGGCCACUAUCGCAGCUGAGAAGGUUGGUGCUGCGCGGUCUGGGUUCUUGACGUUUUUUAAGACGUCGGGGAAUCGGCACCGGUUGUUUAUUUGUGUGUUUUCGGGGUUUAUGAUUAAUUGGGUGGGAAACGGGAUCGUGUCGUACUACCUCGCGCCUAUUCUCCGUACCGUCGGCGUUACGAACUUGACGGCACAAGCGGGGAUCAAUCUGGGCAUGCAGGUAUGGAAUGCGAUAUUGAGUGCGGUGGGUGCGGUGUGUGCUGAGAAGUUUGGAAGACGCCCAUUGUGGUUGACGAGCGCGAGUGGCAUGUUGGGUGCGUUCGUGGUCAUCACGGCGCUGUCUGCUACGUUCGCCAAGACGCAAUCGCAUGCGAUCGGCGCUGGUGUUGUCGCGUUCCUCUUCGUCUUUUUCGGAUUCUACGACAUCGCGUUUACGCCUCUCUCCAUCGCCUACCCAAUCGAGAUCUUACCAUUCCAUCUGAGAGCGAAAGGGUUGAGUAUCAACCUCACCGUCGUCUUCGCCGCGAGUUUCUUCAAUCAGUACGUCAACCCGGUCGCAUUCGAGAGGUUGGAGUGGAAGUUGUAUUUCGUGUAUGUUGGCGUUUUGUGCGUGGUGAUACCUGUCAUCUACUUCACCUUCCCCGAAACAAAAGGCCGUACGCUCGAAGAAAUCGCAGAAGUCUUCGAUGGGAAGAAACCGCAGGUUGAAGAGGAUGGUCGUGGUGGUGCGGAUGGACACGGGAGGGGGGAGGUGAGGAUGGUCCGAAGUGAUGAUAAGUUCGAUAUAGAGUAUGAGAUGGAACCGACGGAUUUGGUAUUUAGGGAUCCGGGGUUCAGUAAGGAGGGGAUUCAGAUGGAGACGAUUGUGCCGAAGGGGUGUGGGACGAAGCAUUUGGAGACGUUGACUGUGGCGGAGUUUAGGAAGGAUUGUGCGAUGCUUGAUCGGGCGUGCUGA